GGGCGGGGUCAGCGGGCGGGCGGGGCCGGGCUCUGGCUCAGCACUCCCUCCGCGGCCGCCGAGCCGAGCGGAUGCCCCCCGCCCGGGGCCCAUCUCCCUUAUCAUGACCGGGCCCCUGGAGGUGACGGCACGGACACGAUGCCCCAAGAAGAGUCGGAGGGCGGUGUAGACGGCGGCGGCGGCGGCGGGGGGGAGGGGCCCACGUUCAUCCCAGACGGGGAGCCGCUGAGGGAAGAGCAGCGACCCCUGAAGCAGUCUCUGGGAGGUUCCCUUUGUCGGGAGUCCCACUGGAAGUGCCUCCUGUUGACCCUCCUCAUCCACGCAUGUGGGGCGGUGGUGGCCUGGUGCUGGCUGGCCACCGUGCCCCGGCUGGCCAUCGGCGCCGGCCUCUCCCACGGGACGCCGGCCACCUACCAGGCCAGCCCCUGCUCGGAUGGCUACCUGUACAUCCCGCUGGCCUUCGUCUCCCUCCUCUACCUCCUCUACCUGGCUGAGUGCUGGCACUGCCACAUGAGGGCCUCGAGGGCGCCGCGCACAGACGUGGUCACGGUGCUGGCCCUGAUCCGCCGGCUGCAGCAGGCCCCGCCCUGCGUCUGGUGGAAGGCCACCAGCUACCACUACGUGCGGCGGACCCGACAGAUAACGCGCUACCGCAACGGCGACGCGUACACCACCACGCAGGUCUACCACGAGCGGGCCGACAGCCGGACGGCGCGGGGCGAGUUCGACUACUCCGCCCACGGCGUGCGCGACGUCUCCAAGGAGCUGGUGGGGCUGUCCGAGCACCCCGCCACGCGCCUGCGCUUCACCAAGUGUUUCAGCUUCGGGAGCGCCGAGGCGGAGGCGGCGUACCUCACCCAGAGGGCCCGGUUCUUUGGCGCCAACGAGGGCCUGGAUGACUACCUGGAGGCCCGGGAAGGGAUGCACCUGAAGGACGUGGACUUCCGCGAGUCGCUGAUGGUGUUCGCGGACCCCCGCAGCCCCCCCUGGUACGCCCGGGCCUGGGUCUUCUGGCUGGUGUCCGUGGCCACGCUCUCGUGGCCGCUGCGCGUGGUGGCUGCCUACGGCACGGCCCACGUCCAUUACCAGGUGGAGAAGCUGUUCGGGGCCAGCUCGCCGCCCCCCGGCCACGCCCCCGGAGGCCCGUCGCUGUCCCGAGUAGCCACCGUGGACUUCACGGAACUCGAGUGGCACAUCUGCUCCAACCGGCAGCUGGUGCCCAGCUACUCGGAGGCCAUGUUGAUGGGCCCCGGGCCCACGGCCUACCUCAGGGGCUGCCAGCGCUGCCGCCGCUCCGUCAGCAGCAACUCGCUGCCCCCCUCCCGCGCCAGCGGGCCCCGCCUGCCCUUCAGCCGCAGCCGGCUCUCCCUGGGCGGCGGGAGUCGGGCCACGACGGGGGUCUUCCGGAGUCUGAGCGGGGGGCCGCUGGCUCGCCGGGGGGAAGACACCGAGCCCUUGGAGAGCCCCCCCUGCUACCAGGAUGCUCUCUACUUCCCGGUCCUCAUUGUCCACGGAGACGGGGGUUGCCGGGGGGAUGGGCAGGGCGCCAUCUGAGCCCCCCCAGCAGAAGUCGGGUGUCGUGGCGCCAGGGCCCGGCGGGGGAUGCACACACCCGGGGCCCCGAUGAGUGAUCGGUUCUUGUAGAAACCCCAAUGGCAAACGCUCUCGGUGAGGGGGGGUGGGUGCAGGCCACGUGGAAGCCACGCUCAGGCGCCAGUGCGGGGGGGGGACUUGGAGCUGGCAGGAGGCGGAAGGGAGACGGAGCUUCCCUCAGCCCCCGCUUCAGCCCCGGCUCCUGCGGAUGUCGUUUCCCCGAGAGCUAAGGGCCCGUCUGGGGCCCGAGUCCUGGGGAGCAGGACUAGAGCAGGUACUGAGGCCAGCUUGGGGCGGGCUGGGGGUUGCUAGGGAGAUGUUUACUCGGGGCCAAGGGCCCUUUUCCCCAGGGAAAAUCUCCCCUCCGGGGCUGGGGCUCGAAGGCGCUCCGGAGCAGUUCAGACCAAGGGGAAGGGCAGUCCCCUGCUCCAGGAGCUCUAUUCACCCCCAGCUCCUUGGUCCUUUGGGGUGGACCCCCUCCUCCCUCAUGGAGAAGCACAAAGGGGAGCAGCUCCCUCCCUCCCCGGGGCUCAGUAAGGGUGCCGAGACCAGGACCGGGGCCUGAGGCCUUCUCCCGACCCCACACCCCGGGGCCACACACACUCGGCCACUCCCGAGACCUCCGAGCUGGCUGACCGGCCCCGGCUGGGAGAAUGUGGAAGGGGGCGGUGGCAGGAGGUGGGCCCCACUCCCACCAGUUCAUUCUGUACUCCCGUGUCCCGUCCAAACACUCGCUCUUCCCCCGGGGGGCCCCUUCUCAGACACCCCGGCCCCCUCAUUAUGAGCACCUCCAAGGUGGGCUUUGCUUGUCGCCUCCCUCCUCCCUUCUCAUCCCCUCCCAUGAGACACCCUCCUUCCUCUCCUCUCCUCCUCCCUCAGGAGGCUUCCUCUCUUUGCUGUCCUCCCCCGCAAGGGAGCCAGCUAGGGGUGGGGGGAACUGGGGCAGCAUGUGGGCCCCCCGAGGCUCUGAAAGCCCCCUCUCUUCCUUAAUGUCGCGACCCCACCCCCAGGGGCGGCUUCGUCCAGGCGCCCCCUGACCUCUCCUUCUGUGAUUCCCGUCCCCGGCCAAGGGCUGCUCGAAGGCCCCUUGCUCCCGGCAGGACCCUCCGGGCUCUGGCGCCCCUCUGGGGAGACGCGGGCUUCGGCCGGCAGGAGGCCCCAGGAGACCAGGAAGAAAUAAAAGGUAUGAAACAGC